AUGGGCGUAAAAUUCGCUUUAUUAAUGAGCCUCCUGCUUAUUAGGGGGGAUACAGAAAUAGGUGUGCUUAUCAGUAAGCUAAGUGGAAACAAGAAAGGAAGAUUUCUCAGUAUUACGUGCAACGCUGGAGAAAUGCUCACCUACAAACACAAAUGCGAGAAGUGCAAAAAGGGGUUUUAUAACUUUUCUAGGGAAAACAAAACAUGUCUACCCUGUCCCCUUGGCACAUUCAGCGACGCGGAGGGGUCUAUAGUGUGCAGGAAUUGUCCAGGCGGGUCUACCACGAAAAGUACAGGGUCGGAAUCCUCUGGCAACUGUGUCUGCAGCAAAGGCUUCAAGUUAGACAUCACCAAUGGCAAAUGUGCAAAAUGCAGUGAGCUCGAAUUAUGUGACGAAGGGGAAAAUGUUUGGUCAUUUAAAAAUAUGUGCACGAAAGAGAGGGGCGAAGAGUAUGUAGAACUGUGUAGAAACGUACGAACCGAGCAAGUGUAUAGUCUUCAAAUUUCAUGUUUUAAAAAAGACGUUUGUUUGAAUCACAAAGAAAGGAAGAGCUGCUUGGAGGGGAAUAAAUUAAUCCAGUGCAAAAUUUGUGAUGAAAAUUUCAGAUACGAUUUCGUAACCCCAGUAAAGCGUCCGUGCGUUUUGUGUAGUUUUACAACGUACGUAUUUUCGCUGUACUUCAUCGCCCUGGGUUUUUUCCUAAGCAUUUUAAUACUCACCUGUAUGGAAAGGGAAAGAGAAAUGAAAAUAAUAAAACUGGUUGUUAAAUAUACGAGGUUUAUGUCUCUGCUCAGGUACGUGAACUCCAAUUACAGUCACUUCCUUUUAGACACGCUGCACUUUUUCAUCGUCGGAGUUCCGCUGAACGAAGUCCUCGACUGUAUAUUCGCGAGGGGUACAAACGAGGAAAGGAUUGAAAAGAAGGUUGAUUUUUUGCUAUUCAUUCCUCUGGUCUUUUUAGUAUUCUCCUUUUUUGGAACAAUUCUCUUUCGCCUGUUAAAACAGAAAGGCGAAGAUGAGCUAAACGAUAAGUGGCGUGAGGAUGUAGAAGUGGAUAACAUACCCUCCCUGGGCGAGCACACAUCUUCCUUCCGAGGAAACAACAAGCGCAACGCACAAGAGGGUGGCAAAUAUUUUGCACAGCUUUUCUUUUUAUACCAUGAAUAUCUCUACUUGGAAAUAAUAAGGUUAUGUAUUUUUUUUUAUUUUUGUAAUUAUGAUGAAGAGAGGAGAGGCGACUUUUUGAUAGUGGACGAUUCUUUAGAGUGCACAAAAAUGAGGAACAAAUAUUAUGUAAAAAUAUGGAUAAUAGUACUGUACAAUACUUUUGUUAAUUAUUUCGAUUACUUUUUAUUUUUUCUGAAGAAAUAUAUUGCCAAUUUACACUUCUUAUGUGUGUUAAAAACAAAGGUAAGCACACUUAACCCUUUGGAUGACAUUUUCUUGUUAAUCUUUUUGUUUUUUUUUCACAAACGAUUUUUUAACAACGUGAAGGCAUCUCUAAUUAUUAAUCAUAAAAAUGGUAUAUAUAACAACAAUGUACACACAUUUCAGUUUGUUGUCAUUGCUGUGUCUUUUUCUCUCUAUACCUUAAUUACAUUCUUAUGCGUCUACCAAUGUGAUGAUUGUGCGGGGGAAAAGGAAUUGGAUAAAUUGCACAAACUGGAAGAUAGACGAAAUGCGGGGUAUGUUGUGAGGGUGUCCCCACUUUAUGUGGAGGAAGAAGGGGGGAGAAAAAAAGAGAUCAAUCAAUCGGACCUUUCCAGGGUGAAGAAUGAUAAUAAUGACGGAGAAGAAGAAAAGGUGGAAUUAAAAAAUGGACAAAUGGAUGUGCCACAUUGUGAGGCGCUCGAGAAAGACGAAGAAGAGGGCGCAAUGGAGGCAGAAAAUGAGGGCAUAGAAGAGGACACAAGUGAACACAGACGGGGAAGUACAACUGGGGGUGACAAAGAAGAUCACUCCACUAUCCCAUCGUGUGUUGUUAAAGUGAUAAACCUCAUGUCUAAUUUUGUUAAAAAUCGCAAAACUGAGAAAAUUUUUUUCUACUUUUCUAUGUUUGUCCAUGUCACCAUUUCACUCUCCUAUUAUACCUUUUUAAGUUACGUGCAUGGGAGAAAUUUCCUGGGGGUGUUGACAACCAUUUCGGUGCUAUGCAAUGGGUUGAUUUAUGUGACAAUUUUCUUGCUGCUCAUGAAAUUGGCUAGAAGGAAUAACCUGAAGGGCGACAUUAAAGACUGGCUCAUGAUUAAGGGCCUUAGAAGGAGGGUAGAAAAAGCGAAAUGGAUGGGAAAAUUGGUGGCCAUAUGGAGAAGAAGAAAAAGAAGCAGAACAGAAAAGGAACAAGCAAGUGGCAAACAUGUAGUAACAUUCAAAGAAAGAAAUAACAAAAUGGAGGAGAAAUAUGUUUUGAAAAAUGAAAAAAGGAGUAUCAUCUUGAUAAAUAAUAUCCUGAAUAAGAGCAAAAAUUUUAAGGUUCAUUUUGGUGAAGUAGCGAGCAACUCAGAAAAUGAUAACUCUGUUAAAAACAAGGAAAGGAAUAAGUUUAUCAGAAGGUACAAAUUACUAAAAAUAUCCAAAAGGUGGAUUUUAUCUCUUCAAAAUGUUGUGGAUCUAUCCGACGAACCAGAGAAGUGCUUGUCUAUGUUGAUAAGCUUAACCCUAGAGAAGGAAUUCACCAACCUGGAUUUAGACGUCUGUUUGAAAAUAGUACAGAAGAAUUAUUUCGGCACAAUGAAAAAUAUGCCAGAAAUUUUGAGAAACUUUCUCAAAUACACAAAUAAGUUUUUAGCCAUUUUAGAGAGAAGGAAAAAAGGAGAAAAGAAAAAUUCAAACGCGGAUGGAACCGAAAGCAGAUACGCAUAUGGACGAAUUAACGACUGCGACGAGUCAGCAAUAAUUUUCGCAUGGGGGUUAGGCAUUCUCAGUUUCGGAAAUUUGCAAGAUGUAAACUAUAACCUGUCGCCUAUCCUAUUUCACGUUUCAAAUGUGCUAGCCCAAUGUAGAUAUAUCAAGUAUAUAAUGGAUUACUAUUUCAGAUAUAUGCCCUAUUUUGGGGUUCAUCCUUUGGGGGGGUUGGGAAAUUACUACCCCCCCCGUGAAACUACUACGGGCAGCACACUACCCAUUUGUGACACUACUUAUAAUAGGUAUGGGGACCAAGAAGGAGAAAGCAAUUUUAAUAGGGUUGGCCCCGAAGGGGUGGAGAACGAAGCUGUUGUGUUUCAAGUGAUAAGCAAGGAAACAUACUCAGAUGGAUAUAUAAAUGGUAACAGGGAACAGCUGAAUGUAGACGCGUCAAAUGUGGAAGCAUGUUUGGGUUCACAAUUUACCCAUAUUGAAAAGAUGAAAAGCUCCCCACAGGAUCUAUCCAUUUCUCUAUCGGGUUGUACCUUCAGUGGAGAAGCGGAAUCAGGUUUAAGAAACAGGAGAAAAGGGGCCGAAGAAAGGAGAGACCAUCAGUCGGGAAAUGGACUUCCCCUGGAAUCUGACCUUAAACGCAUAUACGCCAAGGAACUUUGCAGAAUUUACGUGCAUUGCUUAUUAGCAGAUGUAAGCGAGAUGUACAGAGGCAUACACUACAGACAGACAUGCGAAAAAUACCUAUGUAGUGGGGUUCUAAACCUAUGGGGGGAGCAUCACAAGAGUAGUAGCAAUAUGUAUAUGAAGCGGUAUUACGAACAUUUGGAGAGGUGGGCAGAAAUGGAGGAGAACACCAUGGGGGAUACAUCCUCAGGAGGAGAAGUCAAACAGGGAAAUAGGGACCCAAAGGAAGCAAUUUUCAACAUAGAAGAUUACAUAAGCAGCAGGGUUAUAGAAAUCGAUUUUUAUGGACAAUUUGAGCACCUAAAGAGUGACACGAAAAAAUAUUUAAUGAGCCUAAUUAAAGAAGGAGACUCUUUAUAUGUGAAGGAGUUAACAAACUUUUCGGAGGUUACUGGAGAUAGAUCUCAGGAAAUGGAAAGAAAAGAAAAGGAAGAAAAAGAAAAAAAAAGAAAAAGAAAAAAUGAACAAUUUUGCAAAAUUUUCUGUAGUGCUUUGCCAGUGUGCAUAGAAAAAUGCUGUUGGAAUUUUCUGGACAAAAAUGAACUGAAACAGAUUGAAGAGGAAAAAAGGCAAAGAAGAAAUUUCACAAUUUCAUGUGAAAACAUGGGGGAAAUAUAUUUUAAUGUACAUGUAUUGAAAAAUUAUGAAGAAAAAAUAACCUAUUUUAAGAUUGAUUGUUAUGGAGGGGUCAUUUCGGUUGGGGGAGAAUUUGUGAAGAAAAAAGGGGAGUUCCAAUAUGCGCGGCUAAAGGGGGAUGGAAGGAAGAAGACAGCUACCGAGGGGGAUAAAAAAAGUGACAAAAAUUUUACGGAAGAGAAAGAGGACAAUUUUCUAACCGAAGAGGGUGUGCAGAUGUUGAACGGAAGCAUGCACAGUUAUAUAAAUUACGAACGCGUGGAAGGUUCAAAAAUGGAAAUAUUUACCCACAACAGUUACGAGGGUGAGGUAGGAAUUACAGGGGAUAUGAAGGGAAUGAAUUUUCAUGAGCGAAAUGCACUAGUGGUCCUAACCCCUCCAGUGGUUAUCCCUGCGGAGUGCACUAUAGAGGUGUGGCUGUUUGUUGAUUCAAGAGAAGGAGCCACAAAUGGACGGGAAAAGAGUUUCCUCUUUUGUGACAUGGAAGGAAAUUCCCCAUUCGUCAUUUCGAAAAUAGGACACAAAAUUGAGGAUAUAGAAAUACAUAUCAGUGAUAAGAGCAGGUUAAGUAAUUACUUUAGACAACAACACGGUGAGGGGCAGGGAGAAACUCUGGACGGGGUGGAGACUAAUGGAAAGGGAAGUCAUGGGAACGUUUACAUAAAAUGCGAGAAGACUUCCAAAUGGAAUAAAAUAAAUUCCAUAGUGAAGGAAAAUGAGUGGAACUUAUUAAAUAUAACAAAAUGUGCAGGUGGAUUAAUAUACUACAUGAAUGGGAAGUACAUGAAUAGCGUUUCGCACGAAGUGUUAAAUUUAGAGAAAGAAUUACAGAUGAGCAUAUUUGGAAAUUCCUGCUUUGGAAAUAAUAACGUAGGAUUAUGUUCCUCUUUUAAAAUCUUUGAGUUUUUAAAAAAGGAAGAGAUAAAGAGGAGGUACGAAAUUGUGAAGAAUGUCAAAGGAAGAGAAAUUAUUGGAGACAACCUCUGCAUGGAGAUGAAAGACCAAAUAAUAGAAGGCAUAGAUGUUAGAGAUAAAUGCAUGCAGGUUUUUGAAUUUUUCAUAUACUUUGCGCAAUCGAAGAAGAGGAAGAGAAGGGUCGUUGCCUUGACCAAUGACUCGAAUUAUAGAGUAAGAAUGUAUCAGCUACGCUUUGUUUCGAAGUACACAGGUGGCACUUUUCCAGGGGGUGGAAACAGUCGUGGGAAAAGCCCCCCAAGUGCCCACAUAUACCAAAGAAACGGUGAUGAGUUACACACCAAGCGGAACAAAUUAGAGUUGACGAAUCGACCAAAUGGUGAAGUAGAGGGAUGUGCAAAUCUGCACAGGAAAUGCGAAAAAAUAAUACACAUCCUUGAUAAGGAAGAGUAUGGAUACAAUGUGUAUUUCAAAAAAGUCUGUAGAAAGGAAGACGCCCCGAAAAUUUACGGAAUAAAUAUAUUUUCUGAUCUCCUUUGCUAUGCAUGUGAUUUGUCCAAAUUUUAUAACUUAAUUUUGGAUCCACCUCUAUCCAUAUAUAACGAAUUAGUAAAACCGUUCGGGUAUACGCUAUGCCUUUGGGUGUUCCUCCCCAUAGAAGAAAACAUUUCCUUUUCUUCGCUAGUUAGUGGAGAAAAGGAUGCUCAUAUAAGCGUUUUUAGCGAUAGGCUAGUUAUUGGAUGUGUUCAGAAUUACAAAAGGGGGAAGGAGAAGUGCCAAACGUUUUAUCACUCUUCUGGAUUCAGCAUCAAGAAUGUGAAGAGGGGAUGGUAUUACCUAACAGUCGUUGGAACGUUGAAGGGGCAAUUUUACUUUAUAAAUGGCUGUUUCAAGGGCCAUCAUAAUUUUUGUUCUUUUGAUGAUAUAAAAUAUGUAGGAAAUAGUGGCUUAUUUAUUAACCCUUUUCCCUAUAUCUGUUUCUUCAAAAUGGUGACGAAGCCUUUAUCUGUCACUGAAAUUAUGUGUGAAUAUGCAUGCCCUGCUUAUGACAAGUUAGGUGCUUCUCCCGGUUCUUCCUAUUGGUACUUACUUUUUGCAAACGUUUUUGGAGGAGAAGCCCCAAAUGACGAGAACGUAGACUCCUUGAGUGAUCAAUCUACAUCUUCCACUGGUUCAGACAAGGGGAAGUAUGUCCACUUUGAAAUUACAGAAUUUUUUCAUGUGCACGUUUAUCCAUACCGAGAGAGGAAAGAAUACGAGUUGGGGUUAUCCGUUACGUCUAUGUUGAAUAGAAAAUUAUUUUUUUUUAACCAAAAAAAAGAGCAAAUUAACAAUUUGAAUAUAUACCUGAACGUCAGCAUAGUGUUGCCUUCAUGUUGGGCAAUUUUCGCUGUCAUCAAAUUGUCGUAUGUGAAUAAGUCUGCCUAUCACUGUUUGGUGGGAGGGGAAAAUGGAAAUUCGCAUGUUGCUAUUAAAGGCUCGAAUUUAGCCUUAGGAGUUUUAACGCACCUGGGGGAGGUACUUGCUGAGGUGACAAAUGGGGAAAGAACAAACCAUUUGGUGCGGGGUUCCUCCUCAAAUAAUAAAAAAAAGGUCGCAUCAGGAGGUACUAAUAAAAUGGGUAAUACAGCGCAGUUCGAAACGGGUAGGAACAUGUGUUACCAGAAUUAUCCACUUUUUCACAGCUCAGGGUACUACCUCCAGAAGGAACUGAACGAGGAAAUUCUAUUAACAAGCAGGUGUAGACAGAAUGAGCAAACCUUUUUCAUUGGUUCGCACAAGGUAGGAGUGUGCAAAUCAUGUCUCAGUCCCAUAAGUUGCAUUGGAAACUGCCUAUCAGUCAGUGGAGAGUAUUUGUCUCCUUUCGGUUUUUACAAAUUUGUGCGGGUCGUUUUUGAGGAUGUUACGGAUGAACAGGUCAUCCAGUUUCACCGGUCCCUUCCUUUUCGGGGGGAGCCCAGGUAA